CUCUCUCUCUCUCUCUCUCUCUCUCCUCCUCCCCCCCCCCCCCUCCAUCCUUCCUGCCCUGCGCGCCUGGACGCAGAUUUAGGAAGCGAAUUCGCUCACGUUUUAGGACACGGAAGACAGGCGCGGGAGGAGAGCGCGGCCAGAUUUCGGAUUGAAACCCAGACACCCUCCGGAGGCUCGGAGCAGAGGACGGAGGAGGCGGCGAACGGAAGCCAGGGCGCCGUUCAAGUUUUGAUAGCGCUGGUUAGAAGAGGGCUUAAAUCAGAGUGGUGUUUUUUUUUUUCUUCCCUCUCUCUCUCUCUCUCUCUCUCUCUUUUUUUUUUUUUAAGGAGAGAGACUUUUUCCGCUCUCUCGCCGGCAGUUAAAGCCGGGUCCAGCGCAACGGCAGGCGCCGCCUGCGAGAACGAGGCAGAGGCAGAGAGAUAGGGGGGCGGGGGGUGGAAAGAAGAAGGAGAAGAAAAGGUAAAAAAAGUCUCCUAGGAGAACUGUUCGCAUUUGCAACAAAGAACUGGGGGCUGGGGCGCGGUCCCCGGGACCCAGGGCUGGAGUGUCUAUUUCGAGCUCCGGCGCGAGUCGAGAGCCUUGCUCGCUGUCUUCGCCUCUGAAACCGACUUGCAGGAGCGGCUUUUUAAAAACGCAAGGCACCAGGACAGUCACCCCAGCGACUAUGUCUCCUGAUCGCUCGCCUUGCCCUCUUUAAAAGCGGCAUUCUCCUCCCCAAAAGACACUUUCCCCCCUCCCUUUGAGUUGCUUUAGUUGUGUUUGGUGGGGUUUUUUUUUUGCCUUUUUUUUUCCUUUUUAAAGUAUGUGCUGCUGUUAAAAAGCAAAGCAAAACAAAACAACAAAACAGCAGCGGAGGACUUGUCCCCGGCUGGAGCCCAGCGCGCCCGCCUGGAGUGGAUGAGCCUCUCCAUGAGAGAUCCGGUCAUUCCUGGGACAAGCAUGGCCUACCAUCCGUUCCUACCUCACCGGGCGCCGGACUUCGCCAUGAGCGCGGUGCUGGGUCACCAGCCGCCCUUCUUCCCGGCGCUGACUCUGCCUCCCAACGGCGCGGCGGCGCUCUCGCUGCCGGGCGCCCUGGCCAAGCCGAUCAUGGAUCAAUUGGUGGGGGCGGCUGAGACCGGCAUCCCUUUCUCGUCCCUGGGGCCCCAGGCUCAUCUGAGGCCUCUGAAGACCAUGGAGCCCGAAGAAGAGGUGGAGGACGACCCUAAGGUGCACCUCGAGGCCAAAGAACUUUGGGAUCAGUUCCACAAGCGAGGCACCGAGAUGGUGAUUACUAAGUCGGGAAGGCGAAUGUUUCCCCCAUUUAAAGUAAGAUGUUCUGGGCUGGAUAAAAAAGCCAAAUAUAUUUUGUUGAUGGACAUUAUAGCUGCUGAUGACUGUCGAUAUAAAUUUCAUAAUUCUCGGUGGAUGGUGGCGGGUAAGGCUGACCCUGAAAUGCCAAAGAGAAUGUAUAUUCACCCGGACAGCCCGGCUACCGGGGAACAGUGGAUGUCCAAAGUUGUCACUUUCCACAAACUGAAACUCACCAACAACAUUUCGGACAAACACGGAUUUACUUUGGCCUUCCCAAGUGAUCACGCAACGUGGCAGGGGAAUUAUAGUUUUGGUAUUCAGACUAUAUUGAACUCCAUGCACAAGUACCAGCCCCGGUUUCACAUCGUCAGAGCCAAUGACAUCCUGAAACUCCCUUAUAGUACAUUUCGGACGUACUUGUUCCCCGAAACCGAAUUCAUCGCGGUAACGGCCUAUCAGAACGAUAAGAUAACUCAGUUAAAAAUAGACAACAACCCUUUUGCAAAAGGUUUCCGGGACACUGGGAAUGGCAGGAGAGAAAAAAGGAAACAGCUCACCCUGCAGUCCAUGAGGGUGUUCGAUGACAGACACAAAAAGGAAAAUGGCACCUCCGAUGAGUCCUCAAGCGAGCAGGCAGCCUUCAGCUGUUUCGCUCAGUCCUCGUCCCCAGCUGUCUCCACUGUUGGGACAUCCAACCUCAAAGAUCUGUGUGCCAGCGAGGGCGAGAGCGACGCCGAGGCCGAGAGCAAAGAGGAGCCUGGCCCCGAGGCCUGCGACGCGGCCAAGAUCUCCACCACCACGUCGGAGGAGCCCAGCCGCGACAAGGGCAGCCCGGCGGUCAAGGCGCACCUCUUCUCGGCCGAGCCCGGCGGCCGGCCUCGGGACAGCGGGCGGAUGGACAAGGCGUCUCCCGACUCGCGUCACAGCCCGGCCACCAUCUCGUCCAGCACCCGCGGCCUGGGCGCGGAGGACCGGCGGAGCCCCGGUCGUGAGGGCGCGGCCACGUCCAAGGCCGAGGAAGCGCGCGCGCUGCCGGGCAAGGAGGCCUUCGCGCCUCUCACCGUGCAGACCGACGCGGCCACUGCGCACCUGGGCCAGGGCCCGCUGCCCGGCCUCGGCUUCGCCCCGGGCCUGGCCGGCCAGCAGUUUUUCAACGGGCACCCGCUCUUCCUGCACCCGGGCCAGUUCGCCAUGGGGGGCGCCUUCUCCAGCAUGGCCGCCGGCAUGGGGCCCCUGCUGGCCACCGUGUCCGGGGCCUCCACGGGCGUCUCAGGCCUGGAUUCCACGGCCAUGGCCUCAGCCGCUGCGGCCCAGGGACUGUCGGGGGCGUCCGCGGCCACCCUGCCUUUCCACCUCCAGCAGCAUGUCCUGGCCUCGCAGGGCCUGGCCAUGUCGCCUUUCGGAAGCCUGUUCCCUUACCCUUACACGUACAUGGCCGCGGCGGCGGCCGCCUCCUCUGCAGCGGCCUCCAGCUCCGUGCACCGCCACCCCUUCCUCAAUCUGAACACCAUGCGCCCGCGGCUGCGCUACAGCCCCUACUCCAUCCCCCUGCCGGUCCCCGACAGCAGCAGCCUGCUCACCACCGCCCUGCCGUCCAUGGCGGGGGUCGCGGGGCCCCUGGACGCCAAAGCCGCUGCCCUGGCCGCCAGCCCGGCCUCGGUGGCCGUGGACUCGGGCUCAGAACUCAACAGCCGUUCCUCCACCCUCUCCUCCAGCUCCGUGUCCUUGUCGCCCAAACUCUGCCCUGAGAAAGAGGCGGCCACCAGCGAACUGCAGAGCAUCCAGCGGCUGGUCAGCGGCUUGGAAGCCAAGCCCGACAGGUCCCGCAGCGCGUCCCCAUAAACCCCUCCCCAGAAAAGCCUUUUCAUUCCAGUCCAGUCACGUCUGCAGUGCACUUUGUUGGAUGUAAAAUAAACCACGGACGUGCAGUGUGGGGUAGCCCUGCUUUGUGCGGUCCUGUCUGGGAAGGGGUGCCGGACUCCCUCGAGAGAAUAUGCUAGAAACAGGCUCUGUCUUCUUGGCGUGGUUUAUAUAUCCGGGAUCUGGCUCAGAUUCUGGGGGCUCAGAAACGUCUGUUGCAUUGAGCCGUUGGGGGUGGGAGUGAAAACAGGUCUGUCCAGAGCACCUCCAGUGAGGCUGGUCUGGGAAGCCUAGGAAGAAAAAGGUAGCCAGGUGUCCCAAGAGGGGAGGCGUUGAAAGACUUCUCCCCCAGUGCAGAUUUAUAUAUUUUUUUCCUUCACCGUGUCAAGUGGAAACAAAAACAAAUAAAAUUAAAAAAAAAUACCGGGGGCAAAUGAAUACAUUAACAUGAUUCUGUUUGUGAAGAUUAAAAAACUUUAUAGUGACUUGCGUAUCAGUUCUAAAGAAAUGACUGAGCAGCAUUGUUUUUGUUUUUUUUUUUCCGGGGGGGUGGGGUGUGGGGGGGUGGGAGUCGUUGCCAGCUUUGUUUAGUCUCUAUUAAGGAAAUCUGUGUCUUUUUAAUAUUCUUGUGAUGUUUUAAGAGCCGCUAUCGGUCUCUUCUUGCAUGUUCCACAGUGAUGUAUUUGUGGUUUUUCAUUUUGAAUGCUUGCUUUUUAGAGAGAAAAGAACAUGACCCCACACCUUUUACCCAGUUCUCAUCCGCAACCCCAAGGGGGAGGAUGUAAAGGGAAGAGGUGGGGAAAACACACAAAAAAAUGAGUUUAUUUUAUCUAAGCUCUGUAGCAGGAUUUCAUGUCUCUCUGGCGGUUCUUUCUCUUUCCUGUAUAUGCAAUAACAAGGUUUUAAAAAAAAUAAUAAAGAAGAAGCGAGACUAUUAGCAAAGUAUUUAUGUAAUUAUUUGAUAACUCUUGUAAAUAGGUGGAAUAUGAAUGCUUGGAAAAUUAAACUUUAAUUUAUUGACAUUGUAUAUAGCUCUAUGUAAAUAGGAUUGCAGCUGUCAGGUUUUGUGUUCUUGUUUUCCUUUAGUCAGUUUUAUUUCAAGGUCACAGGAUUGCUUUUAAAACUAGAAAACACACUUUCUGCACCAAUACCAACACACUUUCAAAAGCGUUAAUCUGCAAAAAAAAAAGUUUUUUCUUUUUUAAUGUCCAAGAGUGAGGGAAAGUGCUAUUGCCUAUUUUACCCAAAAUUAGGAAGGUGGGGCCACUUCCCAGCUCCACCUUAAAUUCCUCAAAAUAUAACAUCCUAAGAGUGGUUCUAAUGUUGCUUGGGGGUCGGAAGGGUGGGGAGUACAGAGGCUGUGGUUUGACUUUCUAAUUUUUCUUUUGUAUUUGUAUUUGCUAGUCUCUGAUUUCUUCAAAUGAAGUGGAAUUGACUAUUGUCUUCAAUUUGAUGGUGUUUUGAAUUGGUGCCUAUAGAGAUAUAUUCACAGUUCAAAAGUCAGGUGCUGAGAGAUGGUUUAAGACAAAAACUCAUGAAGGUAUACUUUGUGUUAUAAUUGUUGAUGAGUUCUUUGGUUUUCUGUAUUUUCCCCCCUCUCUUUAAAACGUCAUUGAAAUUUCAAUAAAUUUUUAUUGAAAUGUC